AUGACCUUUUGCUCUUAUUCAUGGCCUGGUCAGGCUUUAUAAGAGAAGUGGGCAUGCUAGAAAAACUAAAGAGACCUGACAACUACAAACAGGAUGACUAUGACAACAGUCAUACAGCGGGCCGUGUGGGCUGUAUUCCUCUGGCCCUAUCUGUUAACCUGCAGCCUCCCUCUGGACUGUAGGGAAGAUCACGGCAGCUUCUCCCGCUGCCCCUCCAUCUCUCAAGAGAAACUUCUGGACCGGGUCAUCCAGCACGCUGAGCUCAUCUACCGGGUCUCAGAGGAGUCAUGCUCUUUGUUUGAGGAGAUGUUUGUCCCAUUCCCACUGCAGCUCCAGAGGAACCAAGCUGGCUACGCAUGCAUCACUAAAACUUUACCCAUCCCCAGCUCCAAAAGUGAAAUCCAACAGAUAUCUGAUAAAUGGUUGCUCCACUCUGUGCUGAUGCUAGUCCAGUCCUGGAUCGAGCCUCUGGUCUACCUGCAGGCCACACUGGACCGCUACGACGGUGCUCCCGACAUGCUGCUCAACAAAACCAAAUGGGUGUCUGAGAAACUGAUCAGCCUGGAGCAAGGGGUGGUGGUCCUCAUAAAGAAGAUGUUAAAUGAAGGAAUGACGACCACGGCCUACAGCGAGCAAGGCCUCCUCCAGUUCGACGGGCAGCCCGAGAUGCUGGAAUCCGUUAUGAGAGACUACACUUUACUCAGCUGCUUCAAGAAGGACGCCCAUAAGAUGGAAAUUUUGCUCAAGCUUCUCAAGUGUCGACAAACCGACACAUACAACUGCGCAUAAAACAUGAAGAGAACCCUUUAAAUAAAACAGUGUUUAGCCUUAAAUUAA